AUGAUGAACGAACAGCAGCAAAGACGCAUAUUGAGCUGGCUAGAAGAAGAUGCCGAUGAUAUUCUCGGUGGUGAUGAUGAGGAAAAUGAAACCGGAGUGUUUCCUGAUCAAGUGAGUGAGCAUGACACUGACUCAGAACCAGAAUGUGACAAUGAUUUGCAUCAGGUAUUUUCGAAUUAUAAUGAAUCUUUGGAAAUGCCAAACGAAGAGCACUUGAGUUUGCGAUUAGUGAACGAAUCUAUGGAAGUUCUCGAAUCAGCGUUCAGUGAUGGUAAUGAAGAACCAUUGAUAAAUAUUUCGUCCAGUAACUUUUACAUAGUAGAAAAAUUGGAGAGAAACGGCACCAGUAGAAUUAUUUGCAAAUGGAGAAAGACACUGUACCCACAAGUCGCUAGAACAAGAAGACAUAAUAUAGUUACGAAACAACCAGGUCCACAAGGUGCAGCGUAUGAGGUGUCUAGUCCCUUAGAGUCUUGGCUCCCGUUUUUGGAUAUAAAUAUGUUGCAACAUGUUGUCGACUGCACAAACAUAAAGAUAACAUACAUGCAGUUCAACUAUGAGAGAUCAAGAGAUGCUGAGCACACCAACUUGAUUGAACUGAAGGCUUUGAUCAGUAUUAUGUGUUUGAUUGAAAUCCGUAAGGCGUCUCAUACUUCGGUCGAUGAUAUUUGGAUGGCUGACGGUACCGAAAUCGAUAAAUGUCGAGCUGUCAUGUCUAAGCAAAGAUUUCAGUUUUACAAAGAAAGAAGCACAGUUAAUAAACUAGCGCCGAUAAGAGAAAUUUAUGAAUCUUUUGUCAAGAAUUGUGACACAUGUUACAAAAAUAAUGAAAAUGUUACCUUGGACGAAAUGUUAGAGAGUUUCAGAGGCUCCGCCGUCGCCAAUAUAUGCCUAACAAACCUGUAA